AUGUCGGACACUUUGCCUUCGCCAAGCACAACCCCAGAUGGCUUGCAGCCACGAUUUUCUCUUCCUCUGUCGACACCUCGGUCAAGCAAAACAUCGUUAGCAAUCGGUGGUGUUACUAUAUACGUCUAUGGAUUAGAUGAACUUCAACAAAAGUCUGGGGUAGACAUCGCCGUUUUGUAUCUUGCUCACAACCGGACAAGAACAUAUCUGGUUACAGAAGGCAUCGCCCAUGAGAUUUUGCAUAGAUAUAGAUCCGAUGGCAGGAAGAAGAAAGUUGAGAUGAUUGCCAUUACGAUGAACAUGAGGAAUCAUGGAGAUCGCCAGGUCAGUCGGGAAGCAAAUUUGACUUGGUCGGGUGGUAAUGAAAACCAUGCCGUCGAUUUAAUCUCCAUGAUAUCCGGCGCAACACAAGACUUCAAGCUUGUCCUCGACUUUCUGCCCGCGUAUUUCCCACAGUUCAAUCGCAUGCACAAUAUCAUGUUGGGUGUCUCAUUAGGCGCCCAUACAGCCUGGCGUAUGGCGUCGGCUGCACCCGGCCAGUUUGACGCCUUCGCAAUGGUUGUCGGUUGCCCAAACUUGACAUCCCUCUUAUUGGAGCGUCUGGGAAUAGACGCUUCAGCUCUCGGUGUCAAGGGAGAAGAGCUAGAAACUGCUAGUUAUGAACAGUUGGAAAAGCUUAUGGACGAGCCGCAACGGCGUCGAUGGCCGCGCGCAUUGGCGGAAUUUGUCCGCGAGGGUGAUAGGAAGAUCUCCGAAGAAUUUCCCAGCGAUGUGCCUUUGUUCAUGUGCAAUGGCGAAAAGAAGAAGAGCCACGAGGACCGGAAGCAUGACAUUUAA